CUGUUGUCUCUCUCUCUCUCUCUCUAACUUUUCUUUCUGGCUUCCGUUCUUCUUCUUCACUGGAGGAAGAAAUCAAUACACCCGAAAGCCCCGUUAACUCCGAAAUUGAACCCGGCCGGAUCAACAAAAACUUGCAGCUUUGCCGGACCAGUAAUGGCGACUGCAAUAUUUCAACCCCUCCGGAAUCUCAUCCUUGCUCUUGCUCUGUCCUCGUCGCUGUGGAUCGUGACUUCGGAAGACACAAACCGCGUCUUUUCGCCCUGCGCCGACACCAAGGUCCAGUUAUCCGACGGCUACACCUUCGGGAUCGUCUUCGCCUCCAGGAACGCCUUCUACAACAACGGAAACACUAGUGGAACCCAGCUGUCUCCCUGCGAUAGCCGGCUCGGUCUCUCGGGCCAAAAUGCUCAGCUCUCCGUCUUCAGGCCUAAAGUCGACGAGAUCUCUAUUCUCACCAUUAAUACCUCUUCCUUCUCUCCGUUUGGUAGCUGAUGAUAUGAGAAACGCCGCCACUUUUUUGCUGCUAUAGAGAAGGGAUGUUUGCGCGUUAGAUUUUG